GGCGGUGAGAGGACAACAAUGGUAGUGUAACCUAUGUGAGUUAUGACCAACUGAUACUCAUGUGCAUUCUGGAUAAGUAGUAAGAAUGAACACUUUACUUUAUGUCAUUUUCUAUGCAGCAGCAGUGAAAGAGUUAAGGAUGGUGUCUUGUGCACUGGAGGGUGAUGAGUGAGUUAUCUCCUUACCACCACAGGAGCAGAUAAUGACUGAGGGUUUUCUCUCAGGGAACUUCCAGAGUUCAAAUAGUCUGCCUGACUGCAGAAGGUACGGAGGCACGGAGACAGAGGAGGUGAGUGAACAGCUAUGGUCUAAAGAUGUUAUUGUAGCUCACAAAGACUCAAAUGAUGGAUCAUUGACAUAUGUUGGGGAUAUGUUGAUGCUACAUAUUGAAUGUGCAUUGUGUGUCUUACAUGGUCUUACUGAUUCAGCAAAUUGCUGUCUUCUCCAGUUUCUCUGUCUAAGAUCAUAUCAAAGUGAUAAAUGACUUGUAUGUUUAUGAGCAUCAAUUUGUCAACGCUAUGAGACUAAUGUAAAUCCAUUAAGGGCCCAUCCAAUUGUGUCCGAGGAACACUCUGGGUAAAGCUGCGUUGCGCUCGUGCAUGACUGCACUGUUUUGUUUUUUUCUCCCAGCCCCAAACACUGUGAGGAAGAUGAGGAGAGGAGACACCCCUCUGCUAAAGCAGCAGUCAAGCCCCUGCUUGGGAAACGACAUGCCGAGACAAUUCCCUAAGAUCACGCUGAGCGAGGUGGAUGAGGAGACACGUCUGCUGGCUGAGAAGGUGUACGCGUCAGCGCUGAAGGAGGAGGACACUAAGGAUGCCCUGUCCAUGUUCACCGUCCCUGAGGACUGUCCCAUCGGCCUGCACCAGGCCAAGGAGAGGGAGCUGCUCAAAGAGCUGGCAGAGCAGCAUUCAGAAGAGAGCGCCAAGAGGAAGAAGAGUUUCAAGAUGAUCCGUUCGCAGUCUGCGUCCUUGCAGGGCCUGCAGAUCCCUGUGACUGCAGAGUGGGCCCGUUCUGUGGUGACCCCAUUCCUCUCACCCUCCUCCACCUGCUCCUCACUUCCAGAGAACUGCCCCGAGUACCAGAGGGUCACCAUCAGUGGAGACUACUGCGCUGGUAUCACAGUAGAGGACUAUGAACAGGCAGCAAAAACCCUGAUGAAAGCCCUGUUCAUUAGGGAGAAGUACUCCAGACUGGCCUACCAUCGCUUUCCCCGUACCGUCGCUCAGUUCCUCCGCAGCGCUGAGAACCAGACGUGGAAGGAAGAGGACGAGGUUCUACCAGAUGUCUGCCCUUGCCCUAGGGAGGGGGAGGACCCUUACAGCAUUGAGAAUAUCCCAGACAACCUGAGCUAUGAGCUGCAGACGAAAGAUGGCAUAGUGUAUGUGUAUGAGAACGCAGAGGCUCUAAGUCAGAACAGGCCCCGCAGCCUACCCUACCCUGACCUGGAGACCUUCGCCAUAGACCUCAGCCAUGUGCUGGCCAUGAUCGUUGAUGGACCCACGAAGACCUAUUGUCACAGACGCCUGAACUUCCUGGGCUCAAAGUUCUACCUGCAUGAAAUGCUCAAUGAGAUGGCUGAGCUAAAGGAACUGAAGGGUGUUCCACACAGAGACUUCUACAAUGUCAGAAAGGUGGACACACACAUCCAUGCAGCCGCCUGCAUGUCCCAGAAGCACCUUCUAAACUUCAUCCAGACCACCUACAAGACGGAGGCAGACCGUGUGGUGCUGGAGAAGGGUGGGCGGAAGCUGACCCUCAGAGAGGUGUUUGAACACCUCAACAUGGACCCCUAUGACCUCACUGUGGACUCCCUGGAUGUACACGCUGGCAGACAAACCUUUCACAGAUUCGAUAAGUUCAACUCCAAGUACAACCCAGUGGGGGCCAGUGAACUCCGAGAAAUCUACCUGAAAACAGACAACCUCAUAGAUGGAGAGUACUUUGCACGCAUUAUCAAGGAAGUGUCCCAUGACCUAGAGGAGAGUAAGUACCAGCAUGCUGAGCCUCGUCUGUCCAUCUACGGACGCUCUGCAGAUGAAUGGGACAGCCUCUCCAAGUGGUUCAUCCAGCACAAAGUGCACUCUACCAACAUGCAGUGGAUCAUCCAAGUCCCCAGGAUCUAUGAUAUUUUCAAGUCAAAGAAGUUGAUCACGAACUUUGCCAAAAUGUUGGAGAACAUAUUCCUUCCUCUGUUUGAGGCUACAGUCAAUCCACAGAAGCAUAAGGAGCUACAUGUAUUUCUCAAAUAUGUGACAGGCUUUGACAGCGUGGAUGAUGAGUCCAAGCACAGUGACCACAUGUUCUCCUACAAGAGCCCCAAACCUGAGCAGUGGACAGCAGAUGAAAACCCUCCCUACAGCUACUACCUCUUCCACAUGUACGCCAACAUCAUGGUGCUCAACAAUCUGAGGAAAGAGCGAGGCUUAAGUACCUUCCAGUUCCGUCCACACUGCGGGGAGGCUGGAUCCAUCACCCACCUGGUCUCUGCUUUCCUCACCGCUGACAACAUCUCCCACGGCCUCAACCUCAAGAAGAGCCCCGUCCUACAGUACCUGUACUACUUGGCCCAGGUGCCCAUUGCCAUGUCUCCUCUGAGCAAUAACAGCUUGUUCCUGGAAUAUUCCAAAAACCCUCUCAGGGAGUUCCUACACAAGGGGCUGUGCGUGUCUCUAUCAACAGAUGAUCCUAUGCAGUUCCACUAUACCAAGGAGGCACUGAUGGAGGAGUAUGCCAUUGCGGCCCAGCUGUGGAAGCUCAGCACCUGUGAUGUGUGUGAGAUUGCCAGGAACAGUGUGCUGCAGAGUGGCCUGUCUCACCAGGAGAAGAAGCACUUUAUUGGGGCCAAUUACUUGAAGGAUGGACCUGAGGGGAACGACAUUCGGCGGACCAAUGUGGCUCAGAUCCGCAUGGCCUACCGCCACGAGACCCUGUGCAAUGAGCUCAGCUUCCUAGUGGAUGCAGUGAAAACUGAAGCGGCCAUUGGCACACAACCCGAGUGACCACAAUAACAUGGGAUUUAGCUCAAUCUGUGCAUGUAAGCUCUCAACCCUCACAACGAUGUCUCUUGCAUUCACGGGAGAAAAAACCCAAUGGUUUGAAUGAAUAAGUGUGUCUCUUGUUUCUCUGGCUGCAUGUGUGCUAGUAGUGCUCAAGUGGCAAAGUGGUCCCUGAAAAUGGUGUACUAUGUGCAGAUAUAUGCCUAAGUGGCUGGCCCACAUGGAGGAAUAUGUAGGCCAAGCACAGUUUCCAGAAAAGCAGUUGCUUUCAAACUAGGCAUUUCAUGGAUAAUUGAGGUAAGACAGUAAUUCUGCUAAUAUAUCAUGCAUGUAUGAACUACACAUUGACACAUCCAAAGUGGGAGGCUUAAUAAAUACUUAUUAGUCGCCAAAGUUCCGGAGCAUGUCUUUAACAGUAUAAAAAUAGUUUGGAGAGGUAGCAGUAGGAGCCAACUACAUCUUAGUGUCUAAAUUAUGUAUGUCCACAGUACAAGGGUUUCUUUCUACAGUACAGCAACAUCAUCUGCACUAAGGCUGGCUCACUCUGCAGAGCACUUACUCACAGUUCAGUAAUGGAACAACAUAUUUGGGAGAAAAAACACUGGCCACAUCUAUUUUGAUGUCCGACACUCACUGUAUCAUGCCUUCGUGAUGGGCGGUCCCAGCUGUUGGCGGAACCUGACAGUGUUUAUCUCUGGAGCUGGAACACUGCUUUAGCUGUGAUGAAUGGUACAUUUCCACUGUCCCUUUCCAUGUGAGCUCGUUUUUUACAGGAUGUCAUGCAGUAGGUUGCAAGGAGGACACUGAAGUCAGUUGUGGGCACUGUAGGUACAAAACAUUGUACUUGUAUGCACUGUAUGAUAUUUGCUUGAAAUAUUUGUGUGAGUGUUUUAUUUCAAUUUGAAUGAAAACGGGCGUUUCUAUUGGUCAGAGUAUGCAAUAUUUAAUUUGAAUGUACUGUAUGUAUAACUUUGGAAAGCAACUAUGAGCCAAUUGAAUGUUGAGAGUUUGGACAAGAUAAAAAAAUGUGAAGGCAUAUCUUCUCCUCUAGUUGCACUGAGAUACAAGUGUCCAAAGAUGGACAAAGAUGUUAUACUGCUCUCUCACCUCUUGCUCGUUAAUGGCUGACAGAAUGCUGUGAAAUAGCCUGUUCUUAAUUAUGUUACUUUUGUUAUCAAUAAAGAUAUUUAAACGUG